AUGUUGUCUCCACUCUUCAAGAUGAAGAUUGCAUUCGAUAAACAAAAUAUCGUUGGAGAAGGUAGCAUUAGCAAGAAAGGCAAAGAAGUUUGCAGGAAUGGUUCUGAAACCAGCAACCCUUGGCCAUAUAGAAUAAAGCUUACAACUGACAGCAUGCGAUGGGACAGCCUUAAGAUCUCACCAUCAAGGGAAUUCAACAACCUCAUUUUGGAGAACUUAUCCGAGGAUAAUUGUAAAGCUUUGGAUAUGUGGAAGCCUAUUGAAGUAUCAAUCUAUGAUGUUGAUACUCAGGAAACUUACAAGGUAAGUUUGGCAAAGAAGGAGGCCUUUUGGUUUGAACCAUUUCCUGAUGUGGGGCAGAGAAAGGUGAAGUCUGCUUCUUCAAAUACAACAUUGGAGCACUAUAUAUAUGAAUUUGAACAAAGGAGAAAAGAGUUUUCCUACUCUCUUCAGCCUUUCAGACACAUCAUCAAGAAGAAGAGUCUCAGAUAUGAUCAAGAGAUUGGUUUCUGCUGGUCCGGUAACGCAACUGUUGACAGAAUUGACUUCUCAGUUUUAUACUCACCCAAGUUCGCAAGUGCACAGCUUAAGAUUUUGAGAGAACAAAUCCGCGAGAUUGAAGUGAAAAAAUGGACCCAGAGGACUGUAACAACAACAAAGAGAAUCUAUCUUGCUCUUCGAGUGACUCAAAUCCAUGCCCCAUAUGCCUUGCUCCUUUCCUUCAAGAAUCCUAUCUCGACACUUGUUUCCACGGAGAAUUUUUCAAUAAUUUAUGGAUAUGAUGGAAGUUCGUUCCAACGGCAUUAUGUAAAUCAGGGUUUCGAGGAUAGAAAUGAUCGAAUGAAUCAAAGAAAAACACUUGGAAUGAAACAAGAAGAGUUCAAGGCUCUAGUAUCUAAUGCGGCGAGGCCUUUUCUAACAGCAAAAACAGAUCGAUUUGUGAAUGAGUUGGAACUGUUUCUUGCUUCAGGUUUGAACAUUGAAGCCUAUGAUGAAGUCUACAUGCAGCGACUUGGUUGGAACUCUCAUAAAACCAGCGAGGCUUCAGGAGAAUCUAUUGAACACAGCCCUGUAGUUCCCUACUUGUAUAUCUUUGAUGCUGAUUCUGAUGAAAGUGAUUGA